GCAGGAGUCCCAGUCGAGAUUCAGUCCGUUACACGCCGCGACACUUGGCCUGCUGCUGCUGCCGUCUUGUGAACUCAACGCCGAUUAUAUCUGACUAUAACCGACCACCAUGGGAGUCGAAGGCUGCACCAAAUGUAUCAAGUACCUGCUUUUCUUCUUCAAUUUCAUCUUCUGGCUUGCAGGAGGUGUCAUCCUGGGCGUGGCCCUGUGGUUGAGACACGACCCCAAGACCAGCAGCCUCCUGGAGCUUGAAUUUGAUGGAGCCCACGCCCCUAGCACCUUCUACAUCAGUGUCCAUAUCCUGAUUGCUGUCGGCGCAGUGAUGAUGGUGGUCGGUUUCCUCGGCUGUUAUGGCGCCAUCCAAGAGUCUCAGUGUCUACUGGGAACUUUCUUUGCCUGCCUGGUCAUCCUGUUCGCCUGUGAAGUUGCAGCUGGAAUCUGGGGAUUCAUGCAUAAAGACACUGUGUCAAAGGAGAUGAUCAACUACUACGACUCUGUGUAUGAAAAGGCUGUGGCAGAAAGCAUCGUUGAUCUAGACAAGAAAAGGGCUGCCGCCAGCGUGCUCAAGGUCUUCCACGAGACGCUGAGCUGCUGUGGUAAAGGCCAGGGCUCCACUUUCAUGACAAAGUUUACAGACGUACUUGGCCUGACUGACCUCUGCCCCAGCUCUGGAACUUUAACUAGUUGCCACACGAGGAUUGAUGAAUUGUUCACAGAUAAGAUCUACCUGAUUGGUCUCGCCGCUCUGGUGGUUGCAGUAAUUAUGAUCUUUGAGAUGAUCUUCAGCAUGGUGUUGUGCUGCGGGAUCCGCAACAGCCCGGUGUACUAAAGCGACGGGCCGCCAGCCUGCUCGCCCAUGAAGGAAGGACGACCUCGAAGUCUCCGUCUCAUUCUUUUCCCUUUCUUUCAUAAGCAGGAAACGUCACAUAUAUUGCUUGCUGGAUUUAGUCGGCUCUUUGAGAAGACAACCUAAACCAUCCUCCAUUGAGCAUUUUAAUUACACUGUCAAUUAUUUUUUUGUUAGCCACAGAUGCUGUUCUUCAUAUUUGACCAGUGCUAUCCUAACCUGUUAUGUAGAUAUUAUAUCACUCUGUCACAAAUGACUUUCACCAGUCCUGGUGCUGUAAUCCUAGUGAUGCAUUAGUUGUUUACUGCUCCCUUGCCUAUGAACAUGCUCUUAUAUUCUUGGUUUUAUGGAUGUUUUUUCACUGUUUUAUGUAUAAACUGUAUAUAAAUAUAUAUAUUAACAGUGCUUUAUGACUGCCUAAGCAUGGAAAUUGUAUUACAGUAGAUCCUUCUCCUGUAUUAUUCCUGCACUCUCUGCUUGUUUGUCUCUCUCUAGACUGAACCAGAUGAUGGUGUAUAUGACCGGCACUAGUGAAGCACUAGUGUUGGCCUCACCAUGCCACAUAGAGGUUAACACAUAUGAACACACGUCCCUGUCCUACAGACCAUUGUCCUGGUUCACACCCACACUGCUGUGUGAUGUCUGCAGGAACUGACUAAAGAAGGAAUCUCUAUUAUUCUUGGAAGCUGGAACCAAAGUCAAAGUGACCCGAUGUCUGUCAUUUUGGCCCUAUGGACUUAUUUGUUGUCUUUGGCUGUUUGUUGUUCAUCAUGUGUCUAAAACUGUCCGAGUUCUCGCUUGUAUAAAACACUCAAGGAAAGCGUUUCCCUCAGUAGUUGUCUUUAGAUUUCAUUAACUACUUUACUUAUUCGGCCUCGCAUGAUUCAAGACUUGUGAAUCAUCAUCAACAUUUCAAUUGUGUGGUUAAAAAAGCCAGUCUGGUUAUCUUAUUGUUAGUGAUGUCUAAAUGAAGCCUCAUGAACCAUUAGUUAUUUUUGUUGACUACACUAAAUGGCACUCUUGAUUUAAAGAGAGCACCAUCCAGUGGGCCCAGAAAAUAAUUCAUAAAGCUUCAUUUGGCCAUCACUAUUGUUUUUUUUUAUGAUUUCCUCCCGACAACAACAGGAAGCAGAAAUCAAAUCUGUUUGAAAUAUUUCUGGAAACCACAGUUUGAACGGUUUUAUACAACUGUGCACUUAUUUGUGGAGGCAACUCACUUAACACUACAACCACCUCUCCCAGAUCAGAUGAAUCAAACUGAGAUUAUGAGCCAUAACAUUUAAACUCCAGUUGCAUCCAUGUAUUGACCCUGUGCUGACAAUCAGCAAGACUUUUUGUAUGGCUCAUAAUCUCAGUUUGAUUCCUCUGAUUUGGGAGAGCUGAUUGAUCAGCAAACUGGUUGCUCAGCCCUGAAGGAAAUUAAUUGACUUCACACAUGGUGAAACUCCAGCCUAUCGGCAAUGUAGAAAGCAAGAAAGAGCCUUGGUUUGGUGUUAUGGAUCUGGGUUGCCUUGUCUGGUUGAGUCUAGUCCCAUCUCAUCUGACCUGGUUGAGUCAAUGUAUUAUCCCUUUGGCUUCACAGCCUACUAACCUCCCUCAUUGUCACCAUUCAUGUGGUACCUGUUCCCAGAGCAGGCAGGAGCAGCUCAACUGUCAUGAGCCAGCCAGUGGUUUGCACUAAGCUGAUUGCCCUCUUGCUUAUGUUGCGUAGCCGUUGGUUUGUCCCCGUAUGCACCACACAAUUUGACUUUGUGUAUUUGUGUGCACAUACAAAUCAAUAUGAUCACCAGUGCAACUGGAUCAAAGUGUGUGUGAGACAUACAGAGACCUAUUCCUAGUAAGUCACAACACCUGAAAAAGAAAUAGUUCCAGCAUGUAGCUCCUCUUAAAACCCCAGCUUAUGGUAUCUAGUAAUUAUUUAGACAUUUGUGGUUUCACAAAUUAAUUUCAGGGCUGCUGUAUUAGACUGCGUAAGAUUUAACAAGUGGUAAUGAUUUUGUGUCUGCUACCUUUAAGUCCAUAUUUUAACUGUCUUGUGCUGACUGCAGUGGUAAUAUUUGUAGCAGUUUUUGUACUAGUAUGGGGUAGCGCAGUGACAUUAACAGCUACACUGUCGGCCACAAAUCAGUCUUAACUGCCUCCUGAAGUUCAGCCAAUCAGAACGCUCCCACCUGGCAACUGAACAUACUGCUUGUAUAGUCCAGCAGGGUUUCUACUCCACCACACAGGCUUUGAAAUAUGUUGUCCUGAGGUCUGCUCCUACUAGAUCAUGCUGCCGCUGACACUACCGCAUCACAUUAAAUUGUAUCAUCUUGUUUAACCUUCCAUAUUAUCACUGCUUCGUCAACCAACUAAAACCUUGUCUUGUUAACAUCUCAUACUUAAACUGAGAAACAGUAAAAGUGUCUUGUAAUAUUUACAGCUCUGAUGUACUAAUGAACUCAUGAAGGCUGUAGAAAGACAAUGUAUGCCUUUUUUUCUUCUUGUAUUGUGAUAUCAGUGUUUGGUACGUCGUCCAAGGAGUCCAGAUAGAAAGGGUGGAAGAUUUUGUGGCAGUGGUGACUGAGAAGAAGUCAAACCUUGAACACAUCAGCUACUUCCUCCUCAGCAAUCAUUGGGCAACACCCCACAGUACAGUAUUCCCCAAUGAGGAAGACGCUAGCUGUGUUUCUCUGACAGUACUGUCCACGUUGAUGCCUUUUUUAAUUCGGGAACUGACACUCAGGACCCACUGCCACUUAAAUCUCAACCCCCCUCUACUAUUGUAGACUUUGGUUUGCCCAAAUAUAAAGGGAUUAAAUGUAUUUUACAAAUAAA